AUGCGCAAGCGAAUGGAGGGCACCGGACAAAUCAUAAUUGACCGAGAGGGCGAACAAUCAGCAAAUCCACUAUUCGUGUUGGGCAACACGCGUGCACUUGAUGUAAUGCAGAGCAUUCAACGCAAACUGACAGGCACAGAGACGGGUCGGCCGAUGGAUGUCAGCAAGCAAGUCGAUCAUUUGCUUCGGGAUGCUACCUCGAACCAAAAUCUCUGUCAGAUGUACAUCGGCUGGUGGGUUUUUUCAGACAACGAAGGCCCGUCCCUUUAG